AACGGGCUGUCUCCAACGUUUCAUCCUCCGAACAUCUAUUACGCCUGAACCAUGAGGGAGAUCGUGCACAUCCAGGCCGGCCAGUGCGGCAACCAGAUCGGCGCUAAGUUCUGGGAGGUGAUCAGCGAUGAACAUGGCAUUGACCCCACUGGCACUUACCAUGGAGACAGUGAUCUGCAGCUUGACAGAAUCAGCGUCUACUACAAUGAGGCUACAGGUGGUAAAUAUGUCCCUCGAGCCAUCCUUGUUGAUCUGGAGCCAGGAACCAUGGACUCUGUGCGCUCAGGACCCUUUGGACAGAUUUUCAGGCCUGACAACUUUGUCUUUGGUCAAAGUGGUGCUGGCAACAACUGGGCAAAGGGCCAUUACACAGAAGGUGCUGAAUUGGUAGACUCUGUACUGGAUGUUGUAAGAAAAGAGGCAGAGAGCUGUGACUGCCUACAGGGCUUCCAGCUCACCCACUCUCUGGGUGGUGGAACAGGGUCUGGUAUGGGCACUCUUCUGAUUAGUAAGAUCCGUGAAGAAUAUCCUGACCGCAUCAUGAACACCUUUAGUGUUGUACCCUCUCCAAAGGUGUCUGAUACAGUGGUAGAACCAUACAACGCAACUCUUUCUGUUCAUCAGCUGGUUGAGAACACAGAUGAAACCUACUGCAUUGACAAUGAAGCACUCUAUGACAUCUGCUUCCGUACUCUCAAGCUUACCACACCAACUUACGGAGACCUCAAUCAUCUUGUUAGUGCUACAAUGAGUGGAGUCACUACCUGCCUCCGUUUCCCUGGCCAAUUAAAUGCUGAUCUUCGCAAACUAGCUGUCAAUAUGGUCCCCUUCCCACGUCUACACUUUUUCAUGCCUGGGUUUGCUCCCCUAACUAGCCGUGGUAGUCAGCAGUACCGUGCACUGACAGUGCCUGAGCUCACACAGCAGGUGUUUGAUGCCAAAAACAUGAUGGCAGCCUGUGACCCACGCCAUGGCAGGUACCUUACAGUGGCAGCUGUAUUCCGUGGACGUAUGUCCAUGAAAGAAGUAGAUGAGCAGAUGCUUAAUGUCCAGAACAAGAACAGCAGCUACUUCGUUGAAUGGAUUCCCAACAAUGUCAAGACAGCUGUAUGUGACAUACCACCCCGUGGCCUUAAGAUGGCAGUCACCUUCAUUGGUAACAGCACUGCCAUCCAGGAGCUGUUCAAACGCAUCUCAGAGCAGUUUACAGCCAUGUUCCGUCGCAAGGCCUUCUUGCAUUGGUACACAGGAGAAGGGAUGGAUGAGAUGGAAUUCACAGAAGCAGAGAGCAACAUGAAUGAUCUGGUCUCAGAGUAUCAGCAGUAUCAAGAUGCUACUGCUGAAGAAGAGGAAGAUUUCAAUGAAGAGGCUGAAGAAGAAGCCUAGACUCUUCCCACUGUUGCUAAAAUUUCUUUGUCACGUUUCUCCCUUCAUUCUCAGGCUGAGAAAGAUUUGUACCGAAGAGUAGCAUUUGUUUUAUAUUCAUAUUUUUUCCAUUUCCUUUUUUUCUUAGUUGUUUUGUUGUCUGUAUUUCACAUUUCUCUUCUAUUCCCCUUUUCUGUGUUCUGCUUGUCAGUAAAGGUAGGUUGCCUUUUAAUUGGGGUAAACCGUUUGCUAAGGUUUUACAAGUAGGUCUUUGGUCUCAACAUGCAGUAAUCUGCCUUUGGGUUUUAGAUAAGAGGACAUUAACACCCAUUGUGAAUUCCAUCUUUCUUUGGCCUAAUAACAUGAUCAUACUUGUGGCUUGGUGCUGGUUUCUACAGCUACAUUUGGGUUACAGUGCAAACCUCUGUUUAGUCCCAUGGGACUUUACAAAACCCUGGCAGACAUUGCUUCUCAUCUGUGCUUUUGCAGAUCACAGUCAAGUGUUUGGUGUCCAUUCUCACAUUUUCUCAAGUUAUUAUAAUGGAAUGAUUUAGUAAGUGUAACUGCAACUCCCAUCAUAUUGUUCCCAGAUUAAACUAGUGCCAUUGAUAUGGUUCAAUUUUGGUCAUGUUCGUGUAAAUCUAAGUAUUUAAAAUACCUUACUACUUCCAAUUAUACUAUACACAGCUGUUUCAAUGUUUAUCAAAUGCACUUAAUGCCCUUUAUUGAGAACAGUAUUGGUUGAAUUGGUUAGCUAUAAGCUACAUAAAUUAUGUAGGCCAACUAUCCUUUGGGUAACUGACAUGGGUCAUACUACCUGCAGUUGUAUGUAAAAAAGUGCUCUGCCUUUUACUUAACUGGAAAUGUGCGGAAUAAUGCUAGCGAACCUCACACAGUGAUUAGGGAUUAUUCCUUUUUCUCCUCUUAACUAUGCUCUUCAGAUUUUCUUACAUUACAUCCUUUUUUCUUCUCUCUUUCCCAUACCGUUAUUUUUAUUUUACUGUUUUUUCAUAUUGAAAAGAACACAAGCCUGUGACAGAAAAAAAAAUAAUAAAACCCCUUUUUUUAA